CGCAACAGUCCUCAUGUGGUCGUAGGAAUACAGCUCCAAAAGUAUCUUCAGCGACGAAUUGGUUGUGUUGAUUGCAUCGGCUUUAUAAACGUGAGAAUCAAAAGUUGCUCCGACUGACAGCAAGGUGAUGGAUUGAGCCACAAUGUCGCAGCUGUACUUCCGCAGAACGGAUAACUCCUCGUACCGGGACCGCAUUCCGCUGCGGAUAGUGCGCGCCGAGUCGGAGCUCUCGACGCAGGAGAAGUCCUACCUAAGCGCCGUGGAGAAGGGCGAUUACGCCAGCGUGAAACUAGCGCUGGAAGAAGCGGAGAUCUACUUCAAAAUUAACAUCAACUGCAUCGAUCCCCUGGGGCGCACGGCGCUCCUCAUCGCCAUUGAAAAUGAGAACUUGGAGAUCAUUGAGCUGCUCCUCAGCUUCAAUGUGUAUGUCGGUGAUGCUCUUCUCCACGCCAUCCGUAAAGAGGUGGUAGGAGCCGUGGAGCUCCUGUUGAACCAUAAGAAGCCCAGCGGAGAGAAGCAGGUGCCGCCAAUCCUGCUGGAUAAACAGUUCUCAGACUUCACUCCAGACAUCACCCCCAUCAUCCUGGCUGCUCACACCAACAACUACGAGAUCAUCAAGAUGCUGGUUCAGAAAGGAGUCUCUGUCCCUCAGCCACACGAGGUGCGGUGUAACUGUGUGGAGUGUGUGUCCAGCUCGGAUGUGGACAGUCUGAGACACUCCCGCUCCCGGCUGAACAUCUACAAGGCCCUGGCCAGCCCUUCUCUCAUCGCCCUGUCCAGCGAAGAUCCUUUUCUCACUGCCUUCCAGCUCAGUUGGGAGCUGCAGGAGCUCAGUAAAGUGGAGAAUGAGUUCAAGGCUGAAUACGAGGAGCUUUCGCAUCAGUGCAAACACUUCGCCAAGGACCUUCUGGAUCAGACUCGCUCCUCACGUGAGCUGGAGUUGAUCCUCAAUUUCCGGGAUGACAUGAAUCUGCUGCAAGACGAGGCUAACAAUGAGCUAGCUCGACUCAAACUGGCCAUCAAAUACAGACAAAAAGAGUUUGUAGCUCAGCCAAACUGCCAGCAGCUGUUGGCGUCUCGCUGGUAUGAUGAAUUUCCAGGCUGGAGAAGACGUCACUGGGCUGGCAAGCUGAUCACCUGCGUCUUCAUCGGCCUCAUGUUCCCUCUGCUCUCCCUCUGUUACCUGGUGGCCCCCAAGAGCCGCUAUGGCCUGUUCAUCCGCAAGCCCUUUAUCAAGUUCAUUUGCCACACUGCUUCCUAUCUGACCUUCCUCUUCCUCCUGCUUCUGGCUUCUCAGCAUAUAGUCUCCAAUAAUCCUGAUCGCCAAGGUCCAAAGCCUACCACAGUGGAGUGGAUGAUCUUACCCUGGGUUCUGGGAUUCAUAUGGACGGAGAUAAAGCAGAUGUGGGAUGGUGGAUUUCAGGAUUACAUCCACGACUGGUGGAAUCUUAUGGACUUUGUGAUGAAUUCCUUGUAUCUUGCAACCAUUUCACUGAAGAUUGUGGCAUAUGUAAAGUACAGUGGUUGCAAACCCAGGGACACCUGGGAAAUGUGGCAUCCCACACUGGUGGCUGAGGCGGUGUUCGCCAUCGCCAACAUUUUCAGCUCUCUGCGCCUCAUCUCGCUCUUCACAGCCAACUCUCAUCUGGGUCCUUUGCAGAUUUCGUUAGGACGAAUGCUGUUGGACAUCCUAAAGUUCCUAUUCAUCUACUGUCUGGUGCUGCUUGCCUUUGCAAAUGGACUCAAUCAGCUUUACUUCUACUAUGAGAACAGUGAGGGCAUGACCUGCAAAGGCAUUCGCUGUGAACGUCAAAACAAUGCUUUUUCAACGUUAUUUGAGACCUUGCAGUCUUUGUUUUGGUCCAUUUUUGGCUUGAUUAGUCUGUACGUGACAAAUGUCAAAGCUGACCACAAGUUCACUGAAUUUGUAGGCGCCACCAUGUUCGGUACCUAUAACGUCAUCUCCUUGGUGGUUCUUCUCAACAUGCUCAUUGCCAUGAUGAACAAUUCAUAUCAGCAUAUUGCUGACCAUGCUGAUAUUGAGUGGAAAUUUGCCAGAACUAAAUUAUGGAUGAGUUAUUUUGAAGAAGGAGGCACCUUGCCACCUCCAUUCAACAUUAUCCCUAGUCCCAAAUCCAUAUGUUACCUGAUUACAUGGAUUAAGGUGCAUGUGUUCAAGAGGAGGUCAAAGAGGACAGAGACAUUUGGGACAUUAGGGAGAAGAGCUGCUGAAAAUGUCAGACUAAACCACCAAUACCAGGAGGUCUUGAGAAACCUAGUAAAAAGAUAUGUGGCUGCUAUGAUUCGAGAUGCGAAGACUGAGGAGGGACUCACUGAAGAGAACUUCAAAGAGCUGAAGCAGGACAUCUCAAGCUUCCGCUAUGAAGUUAUUGGAAUGAUGAAAGGCAACCGGAAAAGUACUCGUGGCAAUAAGUCUGACACAUCAGCCUCCGAUGUUUCUCAUCCCGAGAGUUCGCUUCAAUAUUCCUCAGCACUUAAACAGAACAGCAAACUACAUUUAUAUGAUGUCACUACAGCACUGCAGCAACAAAACUCGGAGGAGGCAAAGGCGUCUCUCGGCUGUCUGGCCAAUGGAUCAGCAGUGGUUGUUACUGAACCCAUACUCAAAGACAAAGCCAGGAGUGAUUUCCCUAAAGAUUUCACAGACUUUGCGUUAUUCCCAAAGAAACAAACCCCAAAUAAGAUCUACUCGCUUGCUGAAGAGGCAAAGGAAUCAGAUCCUGACAUAUUAGACUGGGGGAAAGAGGACAAACCUCUGGCAGGAAAAGUGGAACAGGACAUAAAUGAAUCAAAGUGCCUGAUGGAGGAAGACGAGAGAGUGUUGGAAGAGCAAGAGAUUGAGCAUAUUGCAUCUUCGCAUGAACAUUAGACAAACAAACUGGCUUCCUUUUGUAACCAAGGGUUAUAUGAAUCUCAAGUUUUGCUGACUGUAUACUUUGUCAGAGAUGGAACAUUAUCCUCUCUAAUGCACAUAGGUGAGGUUUUGUGAGAAGAAUUUGUCUCAGGAAAAGAUAUUUGCUAGGUUGUUUUUGGAUUCAAGAAACUUCCCAGCACUACAGAUCCCAAGAGCGUCCAUAAAUCAGGAGAAAGAGGAAUUGGGGAACUCAGAAAAACACACUACAGGAUCUUCAACUUACCUGUUAAAUGUUUUAUUUGUAGGGCUGGGUAUUGAUUCAAAUCUCUAAAUUCUCGAAUUUGAUUCAGAUUCACAAGCUCUCAUUUCAAUUUGAUUCCAUUUUAGUUCACUCUCGAUUCUAAAUUUGAUUGAAUGAAUACAGAUAUAAUUAUAUUCUAAAAAUAAAAAGUGAGCAUCAGGUCACAGAAUUGGAUAUUACACUCUAUUAUAUGUAACGUACACAUGAGUGCAUUAAAACAGAACCCAGCUCGCUGUCUCUAUAAUGCAUAUAAUGAGUGGUCAGAAUAUGGGGGGAGGGGAAAUUGAUUCGUGGCUUUUGGGAAUUGUUAUUGAAGCAAGCACAUAUAAGAAAAUAAUUAACAAAAUUUUUUUCUUAUUUAUCCUUACGUUUUCUUACUUUCAUGACUAUUUGGAAAACAAUGUUUUUUUUAAUCAAUGCCCAGAGAAACUGAUGAUAAAAAUGAUGACAAUGAUUAUUUUUAUUUUAGGGACCAAGCACCAAUUGUAUCGGCACUCAUAA